AUACGAUUUUGAAUUUACAGUUAUUAAAGUAAACAAAUGAAGUCUGGAGCAUGGCAUUGUGAACGUUUACAUUAUUUUAUGAUCUGACCUUAUUUGAUAACACAUAUUGUACAGAUAAUAGCGAAAUUCUGGUGGCACGUCUAAUAAAUUAUUUAGUCGUCUGGUCAAUGUUUUUCUGACGAUUUCUUCAACACUGGAUUUGCUAAUAUGGGAAUAUUUUCCAGCCGACAAAAUACUAGAGUUGAAGAAGUUGACAAUAGUUCAAAUAAUGCGUACAAGUACCCUCCAAAGUCUGGAAAUUAUUUCAGUACUCACUUCAUUAUGGGUGGUGAAAAAUUCGACACUCCACAACCCGAAGCAUAUUUAUUUGGAGAAAACAUGGAUUUAAAUUUUUUCAGCAAAUGUCCCACCACGUUUCCGUAUCCGCCGCCUGAACCCGGAGAGCCGACGAAACCUUUAAAAAGUUUAGUGAAUAUCAGAAAGGAAUCAUUACGCUUUGUGCGCACCGAAGAAGGGAAAACGGUUUUCAACAUUGAAUUCAUGUUCGAUUGUGACGCCCCUUGUUCGAUUACUAUUUACUAUUUCUGCACCGAAGAAUUCACCCCGAGUGGGGUCUCGUUCAGUUGUCGCGAUCCGUCAAUGACAUCUGAAGUAUAUCAUUAUAAACGAGGCUCAAACCAGCUAUUCAAUCAACCCCAACAUAUGAUCGAUCCAAGUCUGUAUAAUACUGAAGAUCUCACGUAUAUCUUUAACAAAGAAAUCAUACCUAUCGCGAUACAUUGUGUGGCUCACGACACCACCGAAGAAACUCGACAAUCUCACACCACGAUUGCGGUAGUCGAACAAUAUUCAGACGGUUCGUACAUUUUGAAAGCAUUAAAACAAAAAUUAUUCGUGGACGGCCUGUGUUAUUUAUUGCAAGAGAUUUAUGGUAUCGAAAAUAAAUCGACUGAAUUAAAAGACGCCGGCGACGAAGAACUAGAAGACGGUAGUUCUGAGUGUGUGAUUUGUAUGAGCGACAUGCGAGAUACGUUGAUUUUGCCCUGUCGCCAUUUAUGUUUGUGCCAAUCGUGCGCCGAUUCUUUACGAUAUCAAGCGAACAAUUGUCCAAUAUGUCGUGCACCAUUCCGUGCACUCUUGCAGAUCAAAGCGUUGCAAAAAACAUUGGACAACAAUCAGAGAAUUGAUUUGCGUACACCGUACGGAUACGAAACAGUUCCUCUAAUCGAAGCUCUAAAUGGUCCGAAUUUCCGACGGUAUAGUAACGCUACUAAAAUGACCGGCGAUCCAUUGUUGGAAUCUUCACCGGACAGCCAAUGUGCAGGUCUUAAUAUGUCUAAAAUGAGUUUGGAUCGUCUGUCUAGAAAGAAGUCUAGCAGUAUCGACUCGCACGGUGAAUCGCUAAGCCCGAGCGACAAUUCCAUAAGUUCUAAUGCAAUAGGCGGAACAUCAAUCAGUGAUAAAUCGUCAAAAAGUUCAAGCAAAGAAGAAACCAAACCCAAACUUUCUAUAAAAUGUAAAGACCAAGUUAAAGUGGUCAACGAAAAAGGAGAUCUAGAAGAAGAGACUCAAGACGAAGACAGCGAGGCUGAAAAAAUGUCUCCUCUGUUGGAUUGUGGAAAAACUUUAGAACAACAUCACGCAGCUGCCCCGACAGAAAAAAAAGAAAUCAACGUAAUACUAAACCAUGGUGCAGACGACGCUGACUGCUACGGAGAAUGUGCAGCACGAAUGUUAGUCGCUCAUCAAAAAGAAAAACCUCAAUUAACGGUUUCUCAGGAACGAGUAUCGUUACCCGGAACCCCCAUGAGUACUGUGAGUCAACGUUCCAGCGGCGAGAGCUAUACGUCGGUCGGUUCUUCUCGUUUGUUACUCGCAGCUUAUGAAAAAACCACUCCAGUUUGAAUACGUUAUUUCCUUUUCAUCAUUGGCUAUUACCGCCGAAGUGGUUUCGGGGAUUGUAUAAUCCCGUUUAGAAUUAAUUAAUGAAUCUCAUAAAUGGGGUAUUUUGAGUAAUUAAAUUUCCAUUGUUUUCAUAGGAAACUUAAUCACUCUAAUAUUAAUGGCUAUCACUCAUUGUCAAAAUCUUGUUCGAAUAAAACAAGUAAUUUAUUUUUAUAAAUACAAUGCCGUAGGAGUAUUUUAGAAAAUAAGAAAAGAAAAAUUGUAUUCGCCUAUUGUAAAAGUUUAGUUUGUAUUUAUAUUGUAUAUAUUAUGAAAAUUAACAUAAAUUUAAAGCGUGUACUUAAUGAUAAUUUCCUUUUUUUUUUUUU